CUGGCCAUAUCUGUGGAGUAUAGAUUAGCCCCAGAACACACAAUCCCUGCGUGCUACGAUGAUGCCUGGGCUGUGAUGAAAUGGGUUGCUCAAGGAACUGAUCCAUGGCUAAAAACCCAUGCUGAUUUUUCUCGGGUUUUCUUGGCGGGUGAUAGUGCCGGAGCUAAUAUUGCUCAUAACAUGAUGAUGCGCGCAAGUGUAGAUGAAGAUAAACACACGAUUGGCUUGAGACUUGUUGGGAUGACAUUAAUUCACCCCUUUUUCGGAAAUGAUGAGCCUAAUAAGAUUUGGACAUAUAUUUGUCCGGAAAAUCCCAGAAGUGAUGAUCCUAGAUUUAAUCCGACGGUUCACCCAAGUUUGCUAUCCAGGCUUGUUUGUCCUAAAGUUCUGAUUUGUACUGCAGGAAGUGAUUUUUACAAAGAUAGAGGCUGGACUUACUAUGAGGCGCUGAAGGGAAGUGGAUGGGGAGGUGAAGUGGAAAUUAGGGAGACAGAAGUGGAGGACCAUGUCUUCGAUUUGGUUGAUACAAAUUUUGAGAACGCCAGAUGUUUGAUGAAAUGGUUGGCUGAUUUUUUCCAUCAGACAGGCUGAGCUACAUUAUUCAAGUCGUUUGGAGAUGGAUUUAAAAGGAAAGGCGGUUGUGGAUUGAAGCUAGCCCAAGAAGAGGUA